AUGAGCGAUUCCGCAGUAGCUGACCAGCUCCACUCCGGUUCAGCUAGCCUAGAUGCCAAAAACACGCUCAUACCCAUUCUACUUCAAUAUCUCGUAAUUUUCCUGCUCCUUGAAUAUAGUUUCCGUCGUGGUGUCCACCGCGAUUUGCGCUCGAUCUCCCGAAUUCAUUAUUUUCUCUGGGUCUCACUCGCCAUUUUCGGCGCUUUAUUCGUCCUCGACAAAGAACUUGGCCAUCCAGAUCAUGAUCCGAUUCUUGUUAUGCGGCUACUUCGCCCGAUUCUGCUGCUAACUGUAUUUUUCUUUGGCAUUGCGGCAAAUGUGUAUGUCUGGGAAAAGUGCGAAAUUCCGUGGCAGGAUAUGUUCCGAACUGGCGAGAACAAGUUUGGAUUCCGAGAACUGGCAGAAGUAGGGUCUCUUCUUUUAUGCCUCUUCUCCGCGACGAUAUUUUUCCUGCUGCGAUCAGAUCUUCCCGGCCCUUUCACGACUUUACCUGCGUAUCUCCAUCCACUGUUACUCUACGGCGGAAUUCUGAUGCUCCUUUUUUCGCCGCUGCAGCAAGUUUUUCACGAAAGCCGUUUUUGGUUUAUCGGACAAAUAUUCCGCGUCUUUACUCCUGGAUGUCGCCCUGUUGGAUUCAUGGAAUUCUGGCUUGCCGAUCAAGCCUGUUCUUUGGUGAUUUUAUUCGUCGACUGUGAAUUUUUAAUGUGCUGGUAUCUGGUUGAUGGGACUGUUUUCGAUGAGAAAAUGGGCGGGCGAGUGUCCGUAAUCAACAACACGGAAGUGACAAUCAAAGUCCAGUUUUGGCAGGUCUCGCCGCUCUAUUCGAAGACGCUCAAAAAGGGGGAAACAUGGGUCCAGGAGACUGGAGCGGUCCAUUUUACAGUCAAGGUCAUUGUUCAGGAGAGCGACGACUAUUUAUUCGGAUCUGACUGCGGAGUUCUCCGAGGAGCAGAGCGAAUAGAUCCUGCUUCCGAAUGGCCUCUGUACGAAAAGAUCUUUCACUACUCGUCGACUGGUUGGUAUUUCAAGGGCGACAACAUUCUCUCCAUUUCUGGCGGGCCAGAUUUGAAGAGCGCCCAUUUCGCCGGAAAACCUCUGUUGAUCAGAAAAAUUCCCAAGCGAUCUCAAUCCGUCAGCGACUCCUGCUCUAGCGACCUUCCUUCUCAAUUACCGACGAAUGGACAGACAGGAAAACAAAAAACGAGCAAGUCGACCAAAAAAGGCAAAGAAGUAAAAAGUUGCUCGCUCAAAGUUAAAAACGAAGACGAAGAAAACAAUCUCGUCCGGCAAACUAGCUCGACUAGCACUUCUUCAAAUUAUUCCGAACAGCCUUCGAUGGAUGCGAUUUUCGAGAAUAUGAAGAUGACGGAAGAAGUUUCGCAUAUUCGAAUUCGCAAAUCGGACUGA